CUCCAACUUAUGGUGGUGGUGGUGGUGGACAACGGGCGCAUCCUCGCCUCCUCUCGCCGCCGCCCGCCCGGCUCAAGCUUGCGGCGCUGACCCAGCGUUUUAAGGUCUGACACCGGUCUACCAGUCUACCACGAUUUGCACUGCUCCCGGGCAGUUGUUCUUGUCGCCAGCGGAUACCCCAGGUAUACUACCAGUUGUUGAUCCGCUGCCGCAGGUAUGUCGACGGCCACGGCAGUCACGGCGGCGGACUUCGCGAGCGAACUGUGGGCAUCGGUGAACGUAGAGAUCACCAUCUUCGCCGUGACGCUGGCAGUCGCUAUGGCCAUGCGCAUGCUGACCCGGCCGAGCACUGUAGGCAAGAGGGCGAAGAAGGUCGUCGAGGGCGGGUGCUCCCCGGCCGGCAAGGUGGAGCGCCAGCCCUCGGACGGCUUCGCGCGGCAGCGCAGGAGCCCCACUGCCGGGCAGGCGCCGCAGCAGUCGCCCGCCGCGGCGCAGCCCCGCCCGUGCCCCGCCGCACCGCUGCAGGGGGGCGCGCUGGCGCCCGCGCAGAUCCUCAACGAGGUGGUCAGCAGCGUCGGCGAGAGCAAGAGCCUGAAAGCCGCCUCCCGCGCGCUGGGGCUCUUCGUCAGGAUGCAGCAGACGAUGGCCGCGCCUGGCGCCCCAUCCAUGGCGAAGGUGGCCCAGGGCUCCCAGCACUCGGCCCUGGACUUCUACACCACGGUGCUGCAGUGCGCCGUGCGCAUCGGGCGGUUCGACCUCCUCGACACCAUCAUCGACGACAUGGUGCACCACGACGUGCAGCGCAGCCUCGGCUUCUACGAGCUGGCCAUGAAGCAGCUGGCGGCGCAGAAACAGUACAGCGCCGCCCUGAAGAUCUACGACAGGCUCUCGGCGGAUGGACUCCGUCCGUCCCACGUGACGUACAGCUGCCUCAUCGGCUUCGCGGCGGAGGUGGGCGAGCUGAAGCGCGCCGUGGAGCUUCUUCGACAAGCUCUCCGCCGUCACCACGCCUUCCAUUCGCGCUUACAUGACCAUGCUGCGAGUCUACGCCAAGCGGCAGGACCGGGACUGGCGCGCGUCGCUCGCGCUCUUCCGGGAGAUGCGGAGGCGCGGCGUCAGGCCGGACGCGCUGGUGGUCAACUUCGUGCUCGCGACGGGCAUCGCGGCCGACCAGGUGGAGGCCGUCUGGGCGCUGUUGGAGGACACCGAGGUCGAUGCCGAGUCCCCGCCGCUCUCGGACGUCGUGUCCUACAACACCGUCAUCAAGGGCUGCGCCCAGCGGGGCGAC